CCUGGGCGGGCGGCGGCGGCGGCGGUGCCGGGAAGCAUGCGGGAGGCCGAGGCGGACGCGGGUGUGUCGGGCGGGUGCGCGCCGGGAGGGCCGGAGGCGGAGGCCGCGGGGCUGCUGCCCUUCCUGGCGCCGGGCGCGCGGGCCGACCUCCAGGCGGCGGCGGCGCGGCAGGUGCUGGCGCUGAGCGGCGCGGGGCCGGGCCGCGGGCUGCUGGCGGCGCACGCGGAGCUGCUGCGGGCGCUGGCGGCGCUGGCCGCGGCCCCGGCCCCGGCCCCGGCCCGCGACGCCACCUGCGCGCUGGUGAACCUGGCCGCGGACGCCGGCCUGCACGGGCCGCUGCUGGCGGCCGAGCCCGGCCUGCCCGCGCUCCUGCUCGGCCGCGCCUUGGACCCGCAGUGGCCCUGGGCGGAGGAGGCGGCCGCUGCCCUGGCCAACCUGAGCCGCGAGCCCGCGCCGUGCGCCGCGCUGAUGGCGGCGCUGGCGGCCGCCGAGCCGGGGCCGCCGGGCCUGGAGCGGCUGGUGCGCGCGCUGUGCACGCCCGGCUACAACGCGCGCGCGCCCCUGCACUACCUGGGCCCGCUGCUCUCCAACCUCAGCCAGCAGCCCGGAGCGCGCGCCUUCCUCCUGGACCCCGGCAGGUGUGUGGUCCAGCGGCUGCUGCCCCUCACGCAGUACUCGGACUCCUCGGUGCGCAGGGGCGGGGUGGUGGGGACGCUGCGGAAUUGCUGCUUCGAGCACCGACAUCACGAGUGGUUGCUUGGGCCUGAGGUCGACAUUCUCCCCUUCUUGUUACUUCCGUUGGCUGGGCCUGAGGAUUUCUCGGAGGAAGAAAUGGACAGGCUGCCUGUUGACCUGCAGUACCUGCCCCCAGACAAGCAGCGUGAGCCUGAUGCGGACAUCCGGAAGAUGCUCAUUGAAGCCAUCAUGCUGCUGACAGCCACUGCCCCUGGUAGGCGGCAGGUGCGGGACCAGGGAGCCUACUUGAUCCUUCGAGAACUACACAGUUGGGAACCUGAGCCUGAUGUCCAGGUGGCCUGCGAAAAGCUCAUCCAGGUGCUCAUUGGGGAUGAGCCAGAGAGCGGCAUGGAAAACCUGCUGGAGGUACAGGUGCCCGAGGAUGUGGAGCGACGGCUUCAGCAGCUGGACCAGCUGGAGCAGGAGCAGAAAGACCUCGACCGGAGCCGCAUGCCGAGGGGGUCCUGCCCACCUGAGGCCCCUGCCCCCAAACACCAGCUCUAGGCCCGCCUUCCUCUUGCUUCUUGCAAGCUCCUUUGUUCUUGUUUGGAGGCUGUUUCCUCCUGAGAAGCAGAGCUAUAUUUUUUAAUCUUUUUUUAUUUUUUUGGCCAGUCCUGAGGCUUGAACUCAGAGCCUGGGCACUGUCCCUGAG